CGGACUGGGCGGAGGUGGAGGCGGAGCUCCGGGGUGGUGCCGCUCGAGAGCAGCCGGAGCAGCCACAGCUGCGGGCGGGCAGGCGUGGGGAGCGGCUGCAGCGACAGCGGCGGCGUCUCGGGCUUCAGCUCCAGCUCCCGAACCAAGUUCUCCUGUUCUACUCACUGGUCCUCAAGCAGCUGUUCAGGGGUGAGCUGUCCUUUGGAACCUGGGUGCUGCGUUGGAAACCCUCCACGUUGAGCAUCUAACCUCUUCCUCUCGGGCAGGCCCAGCCUUCUCCAGCCCUGCAGACGCAGAGAGAUCCCCAAGAAAGGCAGAAGAGACGGCUCUGCCCAUCGCUCAAGCUCUCCUGGGGCCUGUCCUGGGCCUGGGGGACUCUGCUGGAAGCUUCUCAUCAGCCUGGAUUGGUGACUGUAACUUAUAGGAAAUUAUACUUCCAGGGUUCCUGGAAUGGGCAAUCUUCUUAAGGUCCUAACCAGGGAAAUUGAAAACUACCCACAUUUUUUCCUGGAUUUUGAAAAUGCUCAGCCCACGGAGGGUGAGAGGGAAAUCUGGAACCAGGUCAGUGCCGUCCUCCAGGAUUCAGAGAGCAUUCUCACAGACCUGCAGGCUUACAAAGGCGCCGGCCAGGAGAUCCGGGAUGCAAUCCAAAAUCCCAAUGACAUCCAGCUGCAAGAAAAGGCUUGGAAUGCAGUCUGUCCCCUUGUUGUCCGGCUGAAGAGGUUCUAUGAAUUUUCUAUCCGUCUUGAGAAAGCUCUGCAGAAUCUACUGGAAUGCCUGACGUGCCCACCCUACACCCCCACCCAGCACCUAGAGCGAGAACAGGCUCUGGCCAAGGAAUUUGCUGAGAUCCUCCACUUUACCCUACGCUUUGAUGAACUGAAGAUGAGAAACCCCGCGAUACAAAAUGAUUUCAGCUACUACAGGAGGACGAUAAGCCGCAAUCGGAUCAACAAUAUGCACCUAGACAUUGAAAAUGAAGUCAACAAUGAGAUGGCCAACCGAAUGUCCCUCUUCUAUGCAGAGGCCACACCGAUGUUGAAGACCCUUAGCAAUGCCACAACAUACUUUGUCUCCGAGAACAAAACCCUGCCCAUUGAAAACACAACAGACUGCCUGAGCACCAUGAUAAGUGUGUGUAAAGUCAUGCUGGAAACCCCAGAGUACCGGAGCAGAUUCACCAGUGAAGAAACGCUACUGUUCUGUAUGCGAGUUAUGGUCGGCGUCAUCAUCCUCUAUGACCACGUGCACCCAGUGGGGGCUUUCUGCAAGACGUCCAAGAUUGAUAUGAAAGGUUGCAUUAAAGUCCUGAAGGAACAGCCCCCAGACAGCGUGGAAGGCCUCCUGAAUGCCCUCAGGUUCACUACAAAGCACCUGAAUGAUGAGUCGACCUCCAAACAGAUCCGAGCCAUGCUCCAGUAGAGGCCUCACUGCCCGGAGGAUCCCACCGGGGCCUUGACCUCAGAAGAUGUAGAUGUUUACAUAAUUUAAUACAGAUUUAUGUUAAUACUUGUGUAUUUACAUAACCAUUUCCUUCCUGUCAUUGAGAUGUAUGGCCCUGCGGUCCUAACCUGACUGAUUCUAGCAGGCCUUAGUGAGACAUAAAUUUCCUCCCCAGCCCUCCCCUUGACCUUCAGACAGACAAGCCCCACGGCCCCACAGGCCUGGGAGAAGUGAGGCUUUGUGCUUUCUGUUCAGGAGAUCCUGUCACUGGACCUUCAGCUGUCGGAAAUCCCUCCCUCUCUGUGGUAGCCCUUCCUUCCCUGUCGCCCUGUCUUUGGGAAAGAAAUAGAGUGGAAGAAGCCAAGCGAGGGCCCAUUCCUGUCUCAGUUGGGCUUCAAGCAAGGCAGAUGUUCCCCUGAGACAGGAACUCAGUUUACCCCAAACGUUUAAAAAAUGAAAGUAAAAGAGGUUGUGUGUGGAGACAAUGGAGCUGGUAAGUAUUAUGACUGGCUCCUUCUUCCACGGAAGGCCACCCAACACACUACGUUGUGGUGUCCAUCUCUUGGCUGGCACUCGGGAGGUGCCCCGGGGCAUCAGCAUUCCUCUCAUUCUUCGGGAUGGAUUUUUUCUCUCCACCAGCAGAGCCAAGCAGCAACCCAGAGUUACAAUCGCUUGGGGAUCGUGGGGAGAGCAAGCCCCUCUGCCCCC